CUUGCAACUGAUAAAUAAAAUACAACAGAAAAACAUUUUUUUAACUCUUCUUCAUAAUUAUUUUUAUUAUAUUUUUAAUAAAAAUGUCCUUAUUCCCAGCAUAUGCAGAUACAACCGCAAAUCAACAACAACAAGUUCAACCACCUACAGAAUCUAUUCCAACAACUUCAUCUACCUCCGCCAAAUGGCUAGAAAAUUCAAGCUACAUUAAACUAGAUUCUGAUAUUCUUCAACUUAUUGAAACCACAAAAGAAACUCCAAAUGAUCCAUCAUCAGAAUCAGAAGUAAUUACCAAAAAAUCCAAAUCAGAAAAGAAAAAGAAACGCCACCGUUUAUCACCACCACCGCCACCAGUUCUCGAAUUCAACGGCGACGAAGAAUUCUACAUUGACAAAAAAGGCGCUCCACAAUAUCGAACUGUCAAUACUCUCCAUAAACCAGCUUGUCCAAGAUAUCGAUUGCACUUUCACCGAACAUACGGUGGACGAACUUCAGCCAAUCGUCAUGUCAAACAUUUUAAAAGGUAUUUCAAAUCUGAGUUACGAAACGAAAUGCGCGCCAAAGAACCAACAAUCCCUUGUCUAGAUGAAAACACUUUCACUCAAACCACAACUGAUCUUAAUCGACAAAUUGCACAAAAUCCAAGUGAAGAUUCACACUGGGUUCAAUUGGUUCAUCUCCAAGAUCAAAAUCCUUACAAAUGGUCCAAGACAUUCCUUUCUGAGAAGAAGCUAGACAUUCUCCAACGUGCUCUCUUCCAUCAUCUCGGAAAUGAAACACUGUACAGGCUGUAUGUGGACAUAGCAAAUGCCAGUUACCCAUCAUUCGAGGUGAGUAAAAUGAUUGAUAAACUUCUUAGCAAAGAUCCCUACAAUUAUGUUCUGUGGACAGCUCAAAUACUGACCACCCAAUGCACCAUGGCUCGUUGCAUUGUACCUGAUGUAUUAAAAAUCUAUGAACAAUGCAUGCAAAAGAUGCAUAGAAAACUCCAAGACGAUAGUGUAAUGUUAAAACUCUUUAAUAAUUGCGCAUUGUUCCUUAGGCAAUCUGGUCUAAAUGAGCUCUUCUUCGCCCUCAUCUUGUUAGCUUUAGAACUCAAUGUUUCGCCUGAUAAAUUUUCCUCCCUCAAACCGUUGGAAAAAGAUCAACAGACAUUGAUUGAAUACGAAGAAUUAGUUCUGCAAUCCGGUUUGCCGAUGAAUGAAAUCUGGCUUCGUAUUGAAAAGCUACGACAGAGUUUCAACUUUCUUCCGUGUCCGGAAAACACUCAAUGUAGUGAUCCCCAAAGGGUGGUAUUCAAUGAGGACAUUUGCUACUACAUUUAUCCCUUGCAACAACGAGAGAACUCGUUUUAUAUGAUUUUAAUAAUAUUACGCUUGCUGAAGAUUCCAUUGGUAAACACCAGUUCUCUGCGAAGUAGAUUUAACACUCAAGUGGAAAAUAUUGGAGACACCGAUGCCAUAGAAGAUAUUUUAGCUGUGCUCCUUAACAAGUACAAAUGCCCGUCGGAGGAAAAGUUUAACGAUUUCUAUGAAGUCAUCUAUGAAUUGUCCAAAGAAGUUUGCGUUUGUCCGACAUUUUUGAACUCAACUAUUGGAUAUGAAAUCUAUGCCAAGACUGUUCAAGAAAUUCUGUUAACCUGUGCUAAAUGCUUUGAGCAGAUUGAUGAAAGAAAACGAAUACUAUUCAUUCUAAUUUGGUUGCGUUUUGAAAGAGUUUUACUAAUUCUUCAGAAGCUGGCCAAUAAACUAGAUGCGGAAUAUAAAAAGAAUCUUCGUUCAAAGGUGAAGAAUCUCUUUAAGAAAGAACAGAAUCGAAAUGUUUUAAAUUUCUAUACUGAAUAUGCCUUGUUGGAAUAUGAAUUAGGAGAUCUUAACCAAUGUGAGGUUAUUUUUGGACAAAUUCUAACCGAAAACGAUCAUGAUAAUGUCAAUUCGGAUCUAUCCAAUGCUUAUGUAUGCUAUGUGAAUAUUUUAAUCAAAGAAAAUCAAUUAGAAAAAGCACUUAAAGUUCUAAUGUGCUAUUCAUUGUCACUGCCUUUGGAUGCUUCGUUGGAGGCAAGUUUUAAUUUUACUGCAGUUCGAAGGCAAUCUGGUUUGAAGAAACUCUCCGAACGUCUCGAGGCAUUGAUUGAGAUCGAAAAAAAUGUGAAAAUAAUGGAAUUGGAGCAACAUUUCUUCUCCGAUUUUAUGUUAAAUUUGGUGCGCUUAAAAACUUGGUAUCUUUAUAUUUUGGGUAGUAAAUUAGAGGCGAUGGCGAAUUUGGAAACAAUGUUGCGUAUUUUUGUGGAGAAAAAUGAACGGCAUAAAUUUAUUCGGGAACAAGUUUAUGAGCUAUUGAUUUCGCUUAUGCAAUGUGAUAGUUCGACAUGCAUUGUUUCUAAUGUUCUAAUCUAUGACAAAAUCAGUCAAGCAUUAGAUGAGUUUCCUGAGAAUUUAUUCUUUCUGCAGUCAUGUUCACUGUUGUCCAAUCAGCCAUGGUUUAAAAUACAAGGUGUUAUGUUGCGAUCUGAUUCAAUAUUGUCGAUAAUUUUUCUUAUAAUUGUUGCUCGGAUAAGAUUUAAGCAAUCGAAUAAACAGUUUGAUGCUGAUGUCACACCAUGGAAUGGAGAACAUAAUGAGACUACUUAUAAAAAUCGAAUUUUGAAUUUGUUGAAAUCACUGGAGGGUAGAACGGUAUUUCAGAGGAAUGCAUUGUAUUGGAGAUUUUAUAUGAGGUGCUUGUCGGAUAGUCGAACGCCUUUUGAGACGACUAAGAAAUGUUUGUUAGCCGCUUUGGAUGAUUGUCCUUGGAAUAAAGCAAUUUACUUGGAUGGUGCGAUAUUUGUGCCGCAAGAAUUAUCACAUUUGCAAGAUUUGCUAAUUGAGAAACAAUUGAGGGUGUGUGCGUUGCCGGAAGAGUUGGAGAUAUUGCGGAACAAUGAUGUUCAGAUAUGAUUACAAAAAUGUAUUGCCUUUUUUUGUAAAUGAGAAAAGAAAUUAUGUAUAGCUAAUUAAAUUUAGUAAGUAAUUAGUUUUGUAGAUUUGUUAUUUAUUGAAUAAAUAAAUUGUAUGAUAAUGAAAACUUUUCUUUAAUGAUAUAAAGUUCUUACACGCAGGUUAAAUCAAAUGCAGAUAAAUUGUAAGGCCACAGCUUUGAUUCUAAUUUUAAAGCCAAAGUUAUACGUAUUACUUUCUUACUAAGGGUGAUCAGCGCCUUAAGGUGAUAACAAUCUAUUGUGGACUUGGGCCUCAACCAACAAGCUUCUCCAGCCAGCUCACUCUUUAGCUAUCUGCUUUCGCACGCCAAGUUGAUUGAUAUAUAGGUUGGAGUCGAAAACUUUUCUCGCCGGGUGUUGUACCUUCUUCUCCAAUCACUAUCAAUGCACACUUGACUAAAAAUCGAUGAUGAGUCUUGUAUAUGGACACUUCAGUUGCUCGAGAGAGGGCUUUGCUUUGUCAAUUAAUUGCCUUCUCAAACUAAACAGUUCGCAAAGGUAAUUCUUCGUUUGUUUGUUGUAUUGUUGUCUGUAUUAAUACCGGAACCAAUUCGUUGGUUUUGUCCAAAUUGACCGUUAAAAUUAUUUUUGUCGGUUCGGUUUCUAUGCUCACAAAAUCGCCACUGACAUCAAGCUGUGUUCUUCCGAUUAUGUGAAAAUCGUUGGCAUAUGCAAGCAGCUGAAUCGACUUUUGAAAGAUAGUAAGUUCCUCCGAUUAGCGAAGAAAAAGAGGUCGUUCUGUACAGAGAUUCGCGUAAACAGAAAAGCUAGUUUUAAGUUGGGCUCUCAGCCAAGCUGGUCAUCGACAAGGGUCGUUUAACACCUUGAUCUAGCCCAAUAGGAUUUGAGAUAAGAGAAUGGAGGGAGAUGGUAGGGUAAGUAUCGUCAGGCAACGUGACGUCACACUGACGAUAGGGAUAAGGGCGGCCAGCGCGAACACCAACCACCGGGUGGGGAGAGGAGAAGGUUAACGUGAAAGGGGAGGAAAAAGGAAACUGAAGCGUUCUUUGGUUUACUCAGCUUCUUCAACUCAACAAAAUCGACGCUUGAAUAGAUAAAACAGACUAUGCUAAGGAGACUGAUUCUCUUGUAGCUGGCGAAGUUCAGAGGGUCUCAUUUCUUAAGAAUCGGGCGUACAAUGCUGAGAUUCCAUUCCUCGCGCAUUGUAUGCUUUCUGUUAGCUGCAUGUACUUGCCGGCAUUCAUCAUCUAUCUAGUGGUUACGUUGUGGGCCUAGUGAAAUCCAGCAACUUUAUCGCA